GCGAUCAGUCACAAUCCAACGUGCGGUGGUUAAGGCUGCUCUUCGGAGCACAAGCAAUCGAGCAUACUCAAAUCGUGAAAAAUCUAUUGAAUACAAAUUGGUUCCACAAAAAUAAAAACGCAAAACAACUAAGCAGGAAAAUAAAAGAAAACUUGGAAAAACAAUUCGCUUCAUAUCCAAAACCUCUCUGGUCGCUGCCUGUUAACGAGCGUUGCUUGCCUACACGUGAUAUCAGCUAUUGACCGUUACACCAAUAUCGCCUUGACUUUGGUUCGCCUUUACUCUGCUUAGUACCGCCACUUUGUAAGCAUUCACAUUGGCGCCGCCAACAAAUCUCAAUUAUACGAUGGCUGUCAUCAGUGAUCAUGGCAGCAGUACCGAGGAGUUGGCGCUCAAAGAACAAAAUGAGAAGAAUCUAAAGAAUAUCGGCACAGUGCCAGAGUUCUUUGCGCAUAAGAACAUUUUCCUCACUGGCGGUACGGGAUUUCUGGGCACAGUGCUGAUUGAAGAACUGCUAGAUACACACCCCGACAUUGGUACCAUCUAUGUACUGGUUAGAGGAAAACGCAACUUCGAUCCCAAUGAGCGCAUAAGUCGUUUGCUGCAGAAGCCGAUCUUCCAGAAGUUCAAUGAGAAGUCACUCGCUAAAGUCGUGCCCAUUGUUGGUGAGCUGAGUGAAGUGAAUUUCGGCUUCAACGAGGCAGUAUUAAACGAGCUCAUCGAUAAAGUGAAUGUGAUCUAUCACAGUGCCGCCACGAUCAAGUUCAGUUCACCACUACGUACGGCCAUUAAGACGAAUUUAACCGGCACAAUGCGCACCAUUGAACUGGCAAAGAAAUUGAAAAAUCUCUCCGCCUACAUUUAUCUGUCCACCGCGUUUUGCAAUAGCAACAACCGUGGCCUAAUUGUCGAAGAAGUCUACAAAUCACAAUUCGAUCCGUAUGAUAUGAUGAAAAUGGCUGAGGAUGAUGCUAAAUGGGAAGAUUUCACAGAUGAAAAAUGUAAGGAGAUCAUACGAGAUCACCCCAAUACGUACACAUUCACAAAGAAUCUAUCGGAGAAUUUACUAAUGGCAGAGAUGUCGGGAUUGCCGGCGGCAAUUGUGCGGCCAUCGAUUGUUUACGGCACCUGGGAACACCCAAUGAAAGGCUGGGUCGGCAAUGCAAAUUCUGGUCAUCUCGGCUAUUUGGCCGGCUUCGUAAAGGGCAUCUUUCGCACCAUGUGCGGUCGUGCCGCCUCUGUCAUCGAUAUUAUACCAUGCGAUUUUGUGAUCAAUUCGUCGCUAGUUAUGGGCUGGUAUGUGGGUACGCAUCCAUUGGAAAAACCCGAAGUGAUACACUGUACAUCGGGCGAAGUGAACCCGCUAACAUUGAUCGAAUUAUGUAAUAUAAUGAAUGAGAGCGUCAAACGGCAUCCGCCCAAUAAUUUCGUUUGGAAGCCAAGUACAAAAUUGCGUAAUGGUUGGCGUUAUAAACUCUUCUUUUACCUCUUUCACAUAUUACCCGCGCUCGCUUAUACCAUACCAGAGAAAUUGUUCGGUAUUGGCAUGCCACAGCACACCGCCUACGAGUAUAUGCGCGUCUUUCACAAGGGCACCAAAGCGUUCGACUACUUCCUCGACAAAGAUUUUCGCUAUUCAUUAAAGAAUGCUCUACGCAUAAUGACGGUGAUGCAUGAGAGUGACAAGAAACGUUAUAACUUCGAUUCUAGCACGUGCGACUGGUCCGAGUUCAUAGAUCGCUGUUUGAUCGGUGUGCGACGUUUCUACUUUAAGGAGGCUGCAGAGACCACCAAAUGGCAUCGCAUGUAUUGGAGAGUUUUCAAUAUCAUACACUAUCUUGGCUUCUUCGUGCUCUUCCUCGUUAUCUUCGGCAUUUGCGCACUGCUCUUCGGCCUAACUAUUGGACUUACAUUAGCGCUGGCUAUUUGGGGUUUUCUGGUGUGGUUGUGAGCGAACGAGGAUAAACUACUAGAGCAAAAACAACAAACUCUUAUUCUACAACUAUCAAAUUCACUUCGUUGCAUGUAAAAGCGAGGAAUGGGAGAAUUUUCCAAAGCCUGCUACUUUUUAUAACAUUAUAGUAUACCACGACGAUAGAGUCAUGUUCUACAUGCCUAUAUAUUUGUGGGCGUCUAUAUUAGUAUAAUUUUUAAUUUUAAUUGUUUUAACUAUGUAAAUGUAACAAAAUAGUUAUGAGUACAAGUCAUUGUUAGAAGCCAAGGGAAACAAGCAAUUUACAUAGCAAUACAAAUACAUAUAAACAAGAUAUUAAACUAUAAAAAUAUAUAUACAUAUAAAUUUGUUAUACUUAUAAAAAUACGUAUUUUACUUACUUUUGUUUCUAAAGUACAAAAGUUCAUAGUGAAGCAAACGAAUUACUCUUAAGAACACAAUAAAAGCUAUUUUCUUAAAAAUACGUAAGCCAAAUUAAAUGUUUUCAGGAAAGUACAGAUAUAAAUAAUAUUUUUUACAGUUGCAAAUAUUAAACGAAACAAAAAACGAUAAACAGCCUACUAGACAUAAAAUAUGAUUUCUUAGCAACAACAAAAUAGUUCCAUAAAAACGAACCGAUUAAGUUUUAGUUUUUAGCAUAACUACAUAUAUAAAUAUAUAUAAAUUUGUAUGCUGUGCAAUUUACCGAUAAUAAAUAUAAUUAUAUACCAUAAUAUGAAGAAACUGA